AUGUCGAGCAGGAUGUGGCGGAGUGCUAUCCAUAUCGGGCCGAAGCAAUUUCCAAACAAGUGCAAACACUUCAUAGUCUCGACUGAUUCAUCCUGGCACGUCCCUCACCUGGUCUUCUGUUUUCUCUGGACUCUCAACACGUUGAAGCAGAAGCUCGGAGGUUGUUAUGAUCAUAUCGGAACCUUUCGCAAACAACGGCAUCUUCUGGAUAGCCUUGACUUUCUGCUCCAGUUCUUCUCAGAAUGCGGAGCCUCGUCCAUACCAGUCUAA